CGAAAUGCAUUUCGCCUAGACCCUAAGGGUGUAGACCUACAUUUAUUCAGCUUUUUAAAGAACAAAAAGAGGGGGGUGUGCUGCCCUUUCCUCUUACCUGCACACGCCCUUUGCCAUUCAGACUUAUUUCAGCUCGCGUACAGUGCAGUCAGAAUUUCAGAAUGGCAGGCCCUAGUGAUUUUUAUGGUUGGCAUAGGCACCAGAGAAUGGACCCACGGGCCGUAGGUUUUCGUACUGAACAAGAAGCUAGAGAUUGGGCAAAUCGUUCUCGUGAUUGGAAUGGUCAGCCACGCGACCGUUUUGUUCACUUUGAUUAUCCAGAUAGAGAAAGGUCUCCUCUUCGAAACUAUCGAGAGUGGGCUCCCUCCUUUGACGCUCAACCGCCAUUGUUUAAUAUUCCACCCGUGAUUCCACCACCGGCUUUUGACGUUCCUCCGCGUGAUCAGUUUUUUCACGGAGACCGGUUUUAUCAAAAUGAUGUGGGGGAUCGACCAAGGGGGCGUGCGAAGGAACGGGGGAAUGGCGCCGAGUUUCCGUUAGAUGAUAGGAUCGAAGAAGAAGCCUACGUUCGUUUUAGCAAGCUAAGAGACUUGGAAGAAAGAGAGAAGCGGGAGAGCAGACAGGAGGAAGACGAAGAAGAUGGCGAGUAUCUUGAAGUAGAGGACGAAGAGGAAGAAGAGUUAGACGAGGGGGGUCCAAAGCUAGUGGACCGUCCAUGGCUACCAAAGGAGCGUACUCCCCAAGCCCCUGCCGCCGGAUCUAAGUCGAAAGGGAAGGCUCUAAAACCAACGCGCGCGGCAGCCGCGGCAGCCACGGCAGGCUCAUCCAAAGCAGCCAGUGAAUCAGGGGAAGUGACGGCGUUCAUCCCAACAGCGAUUUCAGACGAGAUUAGGGUUUGGCUAACGACUGGCCUGUCAACCGACGAUUCAAAAGCAAUCUCAAAGAAAUUUGAGCUCGAGUUUGAGGACCCGACUUUCUCGAUUAAACCGCCUAAGCUCGACGGCUUUAUGUUGAGGCAUGCUAAAGACAAAGAUCGAUUGAAAGGGGUUAAUGCUUCGGAGGAAGCGCUUAUACAGACUCAGCUUAAAAUAAUGGACGUUGCCCCACCUCUGUUUGAUUUAUACGCUAAAGUGUGUGCUCUUGGAGAGGGAGAAACGGUGACGCAAGCCAAGAAUACGGUGCGGGCCGUUUUACAACAGUGGGGUAGAGCGUACUACCACAUCACCCAAAGAAGAAGGCGAGCGGUUGUGACAUUGGUGGAACCGACAUAUGACUUCAUAUUGUCAAACCCUGACGCUUUCGCACCGGGAAAGGAGGCAACUGAGCUCCUUUUCACGGACAAAUUCUUAGAGACGAUGCUCAAGGAGGCGUCUCAAGACGCCACACUGGCAAGCUCAUCGGCGGCUCGAGCGAGGGCUAAGGCAGGUGGAAGAAAGGUAGCAGUGAACCCAGGCCCAUCUCAACGGGUGUUGCGCCCAAGGAGAGAAGCAGCGGCCCAAUUUCCCGUUGAAGGGAGGCAGAGUGGUGGGGUCGGAAGAGGACGACCGCCGGGUGCAACUGCUUGGACUCGAGGAGGUGAAAGAAAUCAAACCUUUCGUGGCCGGAAAGCUGGAGGUUAUUCUAGAAGCAAGAAUAACUAGACUGGCGAGAAAGUAAGAAGGCCCCAUUACGUGUUCAAGUUACGGCAGUUGGCAGAGCUGUCCAGAAGAAGAAGCGCACUAUUUUUUGCUGCAACCAUUAUGUUCAUGUUUCUGUGUUUCAUGAUAUGUUACCUUGGGAUAGAGUUUUUUUACCCUGAAGUCCUCAGGUUUUUUCUCGUAUCCCCCUCAAACUGUUAUUUGGAAGUUAUGUGUGAAAUUCUCUCUGAUUAUGUUUGAUAACAUGUAAUUGUGUUUGGUUAAAACCCUGUACACGGAUCUGUAGCUAUAAGUCUGAAUGGCAAAGGGCGUGUGCAGGUAAGAGGAAAGGGCAGCACACCCCCCUCUUUUUGUUCUUUAAAAAGCUGAAUAAAUGUAGGUCUACACCCUUAGGGUCGUCGUCUACAUUUAUUUCUUAUACAAUUUCAAUUACCCUUCAGGAUCGUAGAACGAUCCCUCGGGUAAUUUACCAAAUAAAACCGAUGCCUUCGAGUCAAUCGA